CGAACCUCUGGCAGUGGGGCUGCCAAAAAAUUCUGUAAAAUUUCACGAAAAUUAAAAUAAAACAAUGGCUAUCAAAGGCGAUUUGCGGCAAUUAUUGAAGCCGUACUACUGGGUUAACAUUCUGCUUAGUGUUUCUUACGUCACGUGCAAGCGGACAUCUAUAAUUUGCAACUUCUUGUUCCCCGAUGCAGACUGUGAAUUAGACAGCCGAGAGACGGAAAUUCUAUUUUUCUUAAUUAUAGUGGUCAUGCUGAGGACUCGGAAGGCCGGGAGCGUCACAAUGGUCAAUUACCUCUCGUCCUCUUUUGUUUAUACAAAGAUUGCGAACCUAAUUUUGUGGUUAUACGCUGAUAUACGAUAUGGUCUCCCGUACGGCGCUCUCAUCAUCCUCACCUCACUUCUACUGCCCGAACCGACGUACAUGGGUCCCGAACACAUUAUCUACUUCCGCGGCACGCAGAGUUUAGACGAAGAGCUGAAGAGAAACAAGGGAACGACGUGGGUAGUCUGCCUGUACGCUGCGUGGCACCCAGCCUGUGUUAACUUCGCUCCGGUGUUCGCCGAGCUGUCGGCUAGCUAUAGUUUGGAUAACUUCAAGUUUGGAAAGGUGGACAUUGGCAGAUAUCCAGACGCAGCAGCCAAAUACCGAGUCCAAGACGGCCCGACCAGUCGUCAACUGCCAACGGUGUUACUAUUUGUUGACGGAGUGGAAACCAUGAGAAGGCCCCAAGCUGACUCCUCUGGGAAACUACAAAAGUUCCUAUUCUCUAAAGACAACACAAAAGCAGCUUUCGACCUGGACGGCAUCUACGAAGAAUGCAAAAAGAAACUGGCUGUUGCUAAAACUAACAAAAAGGACGAGUAGACCGAGAAGACUGCGAAAGACCGUCAGUAGACCAGUUAAAAAUGGUCUCUAAUACACUGCUUUAAGGUCUACUAAUUCAAUUUUUUACUAAAAGACCAGUAGACCAAAGAUAUUGCCAGAAGACGAACUAAAAAUGGCAUCUAACACACUGUUUUAGGGUCUACUAAUUAAUUUUUUUACUAAAAGACCAGUAGACCAAAGAGACCGUCAGUAGACUAA